CUGAACGAGCCACAAACCAGAACAACAAAGAUGGCCCACUCCUUUCAUAUCUCUCCCUCCGAGGGCCACUUCAAAUGGAGCAACGCUAUCUCACCAGCCCUCACCGUCCCCUCGGGAUCCGAAAUCACAUUCGACCUACACGACGGCGGCAACAACCAAAUCCGCCCCGACAACGAGACCACCGCCCUCGCCGACUUCGAUUUGGCCCAGGUCGACCCGGCAUUUGGUCCUGUCUUCAUCGAGGGCGCUGAGCCAGGCGACAUCCUCAAGGUCGAGAUCAACGCCCUGGACACUGCAGACUACGGCUGGACCGCCAUCUUCUCGGGCUUUGGCCUCCUCGCUGAUGAGUUCCCAGAGCAGCACGUCAGGGUCUGGGAUCUGCGCGAGGCUUCACUCCGACCUUCGAUCACCAGUGCUGCUGCCGGCGGGGCCAACAGUGGUCCACGCAGGGCCGUAUUCAAGCCCGGCAUCUCUGUGCCUGUCAGACCCUUUCUGGGCGUUAUCGGCAUCGCCCCCGCGGGGCCCGACGAGCUCAGCACCAUCCCGCCGUAUGCGUUAUCGGGCGGGAACAUCGACACCCGGUACCUGGGUGUAGGAACCACAGUCUACCUCCCCAUUCAGGUGCCUGGCGCCCUCUUCAGCUGCGGCGACGGACAUGCCGCGCAGGGAGACGGCGAGGUAUGCGGCACCGCCAUCGAGACGCCGAUGAGGGCCCGCCUGCGGCUGAGCGUCGUCAAGAAGGACGGCGGCGAGGGCUGGAUGGAGCUCAAGUGUCCGCACUACAUCACGCCGCCGCGGUCGGGCGAGAUCGCCGAAGAUGACCUCAGGGGCACCUAUGCUGCGCUGGGCAUCCACUCAGACCCGAGGGAAGCCGCGAGGAUGGCCCUCAGGGGCUUGAUAGACUGGCUGGAGAAGGAGAAGGGGCUGGCCAGGGAAGAGGGCUAUAUGCUGGCGAGUGUGGCCGCGAGCUUGCGAAUGACCGAGGUGGUGGACAUGCCCAACUUUGCUGUCUCGUGCUCGAUUCCACUGAGCACCUUUGACGACGACGAGUAA